AUGUCCGCUCCAGCUUCAGACCCGCCACCCCCGCCCAAUCCUUCCGGAUCAGCGUCAGAUACAGCCAAGGACGGUGCUGCUGCGCCCGCUGUUGAAGGUGCCGCCGCCGAUGGCGCCGCUCCAACUACUACGGACGCUCAAUCAGGAGGCGAGGAUGUCAGGAUGGAGGAGAAUCAGCCAAAGGAGGAUCCGCUGGAUGAUAUACCGGAGGGUGUGAUAAGUGGGACUGCGCAGGAAAUCAGCAUGCAAGCUCGCAUGAUUGAUAACGAAAUUCGAAUGAUGAGGCAGGAGAAGUUGAGGCUGGAUCAUGAGAGGGCCGAGAUGGUUGAGAAAAUCUCCGACAAUACCACCAAGAUCAAGCAGAACAAAGUGCUUCCUUACCUUGUAUCGUCUGUCGUCGAGAUCCUCGAUGUGGACUCAGAAGAGCAAGACGGCGGCGCCACCAACGAGCACAGCACAAAGAAGACCAAGUGUGCUACCAUCAAAACCUCUACACGCCAAACUGUCUUCCUCCCUAUGAUCGGACUGGUGCCUCACGACAAGCUCAUCCCUGGCGAUCUCAUCGGUGUCAACAAGGACUCCUACCUCAUCCUUGACAAACUGCCCUCGGAAUACGAUGCCCGCGUGAAGGCCAUGGAGGUCGAUGAACGUCCAACAGAGACGUACGACCAGAUCGGCGGGCUGGACAAGCAGAUUGAGGAGCUCGUGGAGGCGAUCGUGUUGCCCAUGCAACAGGCAGACAAGUUCAAAACCCUCGGAAUUACCCCACCCAAGGGAUGUCUCAUGUACGGUCCCCCAGGAACUGGCAAGACUCUCCUCGCUCGAGCCUGCGCCGCCCAGACCAAGGCCUGCUACCUCAAACUCGCCGGACCAGCUCUGGUUCAGAUGUACAUCGGUGACGGGGCCAAGCUGGUCCGGGACGCCUUCGAGCUGGCUAAACAGAAGGCUCCGGCGAUCAUAUUCAUCGAUGAAUUGGACGCUGUGGGCACGAAGCGCUUCGAUUCCGACAAGUCUGGCGACCGGGAGGUCCAGCGAACGAUGAUGGAGCUGCUCAACCAAAUGGACGGCUUCGGGAGCUCCGAACAGAUUAAGGUCAUCGCCGCUACCAACCGAAUCGACAUCCUCGACCCGGCCCUUCUCCGUUCAGGUCGGCUGGACAGAAAGAUUGAAUUCCCCUUACCGAACGAGUCCGCUCGACAAAAUAUCUUGCAAAUACACGCCCGGAAGCUCAAUCACGAGGGUGUGAAUUUUGAGGAAUUGGCAAGGUCGACGGAAGAUAUGAAUGGCGCGCAGUUGAAGGCUGUCUGUGUCGAGGCUGGAAUGCUGGCACUCCGGAACAACGCCACGAAGCUCCGGCAUGAAGACUUCUAUGGCGGUAUCCUCGAGGUUCAGGCAAAGAAGGCCAAGGAGCACCACUACUUCGCGUAG